AUGGCUUCAUCUCCGCCCAUUGCCACUGUCUACAUUCGCAACCUCGAGGAGCGCGUCAAGCCAGAGCCGCUCCGGGAGGCGCUCGAGGCUGUCUUCUCCGACUACGGCAACAUCAUCGACAUUGUCGCCAAGACAAACCUCAAGGCCAAGGGCCAGGCUUUCGUCGUCUUUGACAAGCCUGAAUCCGCGCUCAAGGCCAUUGAGGAGGUCCAAGGGUUCGAGCUGUUCGAGAAGCCCAUGCACCUCGCUCUGGCAAGAACCCGCAGCGAUGCUACCGUCAAGACCACCGGAAACGACGACGAGUUUGAGCACCACAAGCGCAGAAGAUUAGCAGAGAAGGACAAGAAGAAGGCCGCCGAGGCUGCGCAAGAGCAACAAAGACUCAAGCGUCCGGGUGCCGCGCCUGCACAAGACGCCCGACCAGCAAAGGUGGCUCGCCCGGGUGGCCUCAAGGCUACUGGCCCUGCUGCCAACACGGUGGUGCCGGACGAGUAUCUGCCGCCCAACAAGAUCCUGUUUGUGCAGAAUUUGCCCGACGACUACGAUGUCGAAGCUCUCACUGGCAUCUUUGGCCGCUACGAGGGCUUCAGGGAGGUGCGUCUUGUGCCCGGUAGACGCGGAAUCGCUUUCGUUGAAUACGAAGCUGAAGCGGGCGCCAUCACGGCCAAGGAGAACACGGCCGGCAUGGCGCUGGCUGAUGGUACCAAGUUCAUGAAGGUAACGUACCAGCGGCAGUAG